AUGUACGCCUUCUUAGCACCGUCCUCGCCGCCACAGGACAGUGGCUAUGGGCCGUCUGGGUCACGAUCCCGAAGAACCGGCCAGAACUCAUCCGAUGACUCUGGGCCUUUGGUUCCCGUAGUGUCCACGAGAUACCGCGUUGCAUACCCUGACCUCCGUCGAUGGCCCCUCGAGUGUUUGCCAGGUCCUGAUCCCGAGAUUCUUGUCCAUCAUGGACAGGCGAUCCGAGAAGCUGCCAACACUAUCCUUUCUGAGCACGGUCUGCUAGAGGAUUUGAACACUUUUGCUAUCCUUACUGAUUACGGUACGGUAGAGCAGCCUAGUUGCUUUGCAGACACCUCGAUGCAAAGAACAGAAGAUCAGCCGGGUACUGAAGAGCCUACGGUCACAGUCAUCCUUCCUUGGUUACUUGAUUCAAAAGCGAAAUGGACUUCAGCGGUUCAGGCUAUUGCCAUUCGCAACAAAGAACUCCUCCAAGGCACCAAGUUUGAGGAUACUCCUCCUCGUAUCGAUUUCAUGGCAUCUGAGAUAGUCGGGCCCAUCUACCUGGGUGUGGUAAAAGACAGGCCUGAUCUUCUUCAAGAUUGGGAUCACAUCAAGAGAGUUGUCCAUAAGUGCCUCAACACAUUUGACGCGACACGCAACUUCCUAACGUCCAUGGUUCUAUUGCGAUACGGCCUUUCACCUAACUCUAAUGCCAAUCCUAUCACGGUCUAUAUAUCGGUUAAUGACAGGUCAGACGAGACGCAAUGGGAUCCGAUUUUGACCAACAUUGAGAAAUCGCUCGAGGUCAUCGGAUGGUCCGAUAUUCGUGUCCAUCUUGAGCAUAACUCACCAUGUCUUCUCCCAUUCGAAUUGUUAGAUCCUAAAGGCCGACCAGAAGACAUCAUGGACAAGAUUUCCAAGAACAACCUAUUGAUUCAGGGAGAUUACCAUGAUAAGGUCGAACUUGGUGACGAUAUUUCCAUCUCUAAGGACGUUGUCCGCGACGAUGGUGAAACCUGCAACUCUCUAUGCGGCACCCUGGGUUGCUACCUCGAGAUCAAAACUAAGACAAACCCGCAAUGGACCAGGGUCGGCCUCACCAACUACCAUAAUGUUCGGCCUGGCUUCCAAGGCUAUACUAUUAAGAAUAUCAAUGGGGAAUCCAAGACUGGCCCUCCAUCAUCCAAUAGUCAACUCCUUAACGUCGACCAGAAUGGCUGGAAGCCUGGCAUGGCUGGAGAUCCAACUGUCUUUGAAAGCCCUUCUCGAAUCAAACAUAACUACACGGUAUGGGAUCUCAAGCAGAGGAUCCAGGAAGCCAAACACAUAGUGCAAGGUGAUCCCUCCGAGGAAAAUAAGAAGGACCUUGCUAGUCUAGAAGGAGAAUUACAACGAAAGGUUGACUUCUUUGACCAGGAUAAGCAGCUAUUGGGCCCUCUAAUCGCUGCUUCCGGCUAUGGGCGAAGGUCUACCAAGAAUCACAGACUUGACUGGGCAUUGAUUGAAGUUCCAGAGCAUCGACAAGGUUCUAACUGCUUGCCCCUCAAGCGGGAGUGGAUGAAGUACCCACAUCAUCGUUUGUACCGUCCAGAUCCUAAGACAUAUGGCCAGCCCUUGAAGAACCAAGCAAAGUCCAUGCUGCCUCUUGAAGAUCGCGCAAGUCACUUACCUCGUCUCGACAGCAAUGUCUGGAAACUCGGCACUACGACCAAACUCACUGCUGGCCAGUUCAGUGAGUUCAAGAACGAUGUCCAGCUAUCUGAGGAGAGCCAUAUGUCACAGGCGUUAUCGAAUGAGUAUUGUUUUGUGUAUAACAACAUUGUUAAUCAAGGUCCAUUCUCUGGGCAUGGCGACUCGGGUGCGGUUACCUUUGACGAGAAGGGAUGCAUUGUUGGCUUGUUGUUUAGAGGGCAAGUGCCUAAGCAAGUGAACCCAGGUACGAGGGGGCUGACCUAUGUCACGCCCAUCGAGGAUGUCUUUUUAGACAUCAAGAAGUUCACCAAGGGCACUAAGUGUGAAAUCAUUGAUAUCCGUGUUGCCCAGUGA